AUGAUCAGGUCUCCACGACCGUGGCGCACUAGCGGGCUGAGGCCCCUCCACGCCACCCAGCUACCAUCAAAGAACGAAGCUAUCCUCAGCGAGAAGGUCCCCCCAAGGACGUCCCGCGCCCUUCCGACACCCUCGUGCGCGCUUGCCCCCCGUCCAACCCGCGAGCCACGCGACCGCCACGGACCGCACAGUCCGACGUAUGUGCUGUACAUCCACCUGGUGAUUAACGACAAUGAUCUUGCUGGACCACUUUCUCUGGGGCUAGUGAUCGCCACCUACACCGGCAACCCAAGGAUUCAUCCCCCUGCUGGAUCAUUUGCUGAUCUGCACGGUGCAGAGAGCCACCUCCUCAUCGCGCUCUCAUCUGGCUCGUGUCCUUCAUCCCUGCCUUUCACUGGCAUCAUCAUCAUCCUCAUCACUCAGCCUCUGUCUGUCUUCUCAAAGAAGGUCUUCUGUCACGCCACCUUGGUCUACAACACACCGUACCACGUGACCCUCAUCAGUCUAGUGGUGGAGGUACUCCUGUUCUCCUUCGUCUUCCUCAUGGUGGUCCUCACCUAUCUGAACGUGCUCCUCGCAGCUCGGGGGGUUUCAGGUGUGAGUCGAGCCUCGAUGAGAAAUGCCCGAAACACCAUCCUGCUCCACGGGGUCCAGCUGCUCCUCUGCCUGCUU